AUGGGCUGGAUUGACAAUCUCAAUAGCCAUGUCGCCAAAUCGCCGGUCGGCCGGUGGUUCCGUCUCAGCGGCUCCGGCGCAGUUGUCGAGCGCGACAACUCAAAGUUCUCUGUCGAGAUCCGUGCUGGUCUGACGACAUUCAUCACGAUGGCGUAUAUCAUCUCGACCAACUCGCUCAUCCUGACUGACACGGGUGGUACGUGCGACUGUGACCGCGAGCAGUUUGGUGCCACAUGCACCAAUGACCCGGCCUACGCAUCGUGCCUCCAGGAAAUCAAGAUGGACUUUAUCACGGCCACAUGCGCGAUCUGCUGCAUCGGCUGUGUCCUAAUGGGUGUUGUUGGUAACCUGCCGAUUGCAUUGGCUCCCGGAAUGGGCCUGAACGCCUACUUCACCUACACUGUUGUUUGGAUUCCACGGCACUGGCAAGGUGCCAUACACCAGGGCGCUGGCUGCCGUUGGCUUGCCCGCCUCAUCCCGGCCAGCCUCAAGACUGCCACUGCUGCCGGCAUCGGAAUCUACCUGGCAUUUAUCGGUCUGCAGUCGUCGGCUGGAAUCGGCCUCAUCACCGGCAGCUCGGCUACUCUAGUUGAGCUCGGUGGGUGCCCGCCCGAGUUCCGUGACGAGAAACAUGUGUGCACUUCGCAUCAUAUGGCCGGUGGGCCAACCUGGCUCGGCAUUGCUGGUAUCAUCAUCAUUACCAUUCUGAUGCUGUAUCGCGUCAAGGGCGCCAUUCUGGGCUGGUAUCCUGCUGGUUGCCAUCAUUUCAUGGCCGCGUGGCACGCCGAGAAUGGCGACAUUGGCUUCAACUUCUUCAAGAAGGUCGUCACAUUCCACCCGAUCCAGAACAUUCUGGCUAAAUUCGACUGGGAGUUGAAGGAUGGCGACGUGUGGCUGGCCCUGAUCACAUUCCUUUUUGGUGGCUUCCUCAACGAGCGCACGCAGGACUUUGAAGGCUCUGCCUUUGCCUUCCUCUGCGACUCCUCGACCAUCGCCAUUGGCUCCAUCCUGGGUCUGUCGCCGGUUUCGACCUUUGUCGAGUCUGGUGCUGGCAUUGCGGAGGGCGGCCGCACCGGUCUGACCAGCGUUGUCACCGGCAUCGGGUUCUUUGUCGCCCUGUUCUUUGCGCCUUAUUUUUGCGUCGUUCCCGCCUGGGCUACCGGUCCUGCUCUGGUCUCAGUCGGCGCCAUGAUGCUCCAGAACGCCGUCCAUGUCAACUGGUCGUACAUCGGCGAUGCAGUGCCUGCCUUUCUGACCAUCAUCAUGAUUCCCUUCGGGUACUCGAUCGGAUACCGGUCUGAUUGCCGGCAUUGGGUCGUACAUCAUCAUCAACACGCUCGUGUGGCUGCUGGCCAAGGCGUCGCGCGGCCGCAUCGUCCCGCCAAACUACGAGGACAAGACCGAGUGGAACGCGUACCUGACGCGCGGCCGCUACAAGGCUAUUCCUCCGCCCUGGCUCCGCAGGCUCCUGCGCCAUCAACGCCCCAGAGCUGUUCGACGACAAGUCGAGCAUUGACCGCGAGCUCAAGGCGCAGAUGAGCCAGAGCCGCGACAUCCUGUAAUCACACGGCCCUCGCAAUGUUAUCUUCCAGGCCCAA